GCAAGCAGUGCAGUUGCUUGUGAACCUUUGACUAGCGAAGUGUCUGUGCAAGUGAUAAACCUGGCAAAACUAUAAAGUUACAUCAAACACAGAAUCAUCUUCCUCGCUUAACUGAGAUUAUCCUGAAGUGUUCUUGCGACGACGUUUAACAUCUCGUUUAAAAGUUUCAUACUUAGUAUCCAUUACGCGCGCGCAAUGCUUUAGUGGACGACCGGGAGCAGUGAAAAGCAAAACAUAAAAGAAAAAAGGAAAAAAAGAAAAAGGGACGAUUCGGUGCGGUGUAGUAGUGGCUGGGGCGAUCGACCGAUCCCCGAGGCCGCUUUUCCCGUCAGUGUGUUGGCCAUUUUUGCGGUUCGCACAAAUAGUGUACAGACAUCUAGACGACCUGCUGCCAUACACGCUGUUACAGACGAUUUCAUCUACAUUAAGAAGGAGGGGGGAAAUAAAAAAGCCUCGUCGAGAACGACGUCAUCGCCAAAACGGGAGGAAUGAGGGAGGAGGACCUGGAGAUCGCCGUCAAGGUGGUGAUUGUGGGCAACGGUGCCGUUGGCAAGUCCAGCAUGAUCCAGCGCUUCUGCAAAGGCGUCUUCACCAGAGACUACAAAAAGACUAUCGGCGUCGAUUUCCUCGAACGAAUCAUCGAAGUCAACUGCGAGGAGGUAAGGCUGAUGCUGUGGGAUACGGCCGGUCAAGAGGAAUUUGACGCCAUCACGAAAGCUUAUUACCGAGGAGCGCAGGCGGCAGUGCUGGCAUUUUCGACCGUCGAUCGCGUCUCGUUCGACGCCAUUCGGUCGUGGAAAAAGAAGGUGGAGGACGAGUGCGGUGAGAUCCCUAUGGUGAUUGUUCAGAACAAAAUCGAUCUGGUCGACCAGGCCGUCGUUGAUGCCGAAGAAGUGGAAAUGUUGGCACGCGAGCUCCAUUGUCGCCUGUACCGCACAUCAGUCAAAGAGGACCUUAACGUCCGUCAAGUGUUCCAAUAUUUGGCGGAGAAAUAUCUCAGUCAGCUGGACGCCCUGGAUGAUUAUUGCACGGAACCACCUCGUUCCAUUACCAUAGAUGCUUUCGUUCCGCAUUCCGGCAACGGAUUCAACGGCCACCAGGAUACGAAAGUUCAGCGAUUCCAGCGCUGGGCUUCGCGUCUUCCGCACAUCGUGGAUCGCGAUACCAUUCGACUGCAACCGUCCAACCGCAAGAACAAGAUAAUCAUCACGAAAAAUAAAUUGAAGAAUGCCUGCUCUUUCUGAGUGCAUACAUAUACAAGAAAAGAAAAGAAAAAAUGUAUCAAUCAAGAAAGGAAAAGGGUGCGGCGGAAAGAAGGGAAUGCAAAAACAACUAAUUGGAUGCGAAGAAUUAAAUAGCGGAGCAGCAGCAAUGAAACGAGAAUGAUAUCGUAAACCAAAAACAAAAAAAGAGAGAGAGAACGAUGAAGAAAUGAGGGAACAGCUGAUAGUGAAAAUGACGGGACAACAACACACAGAUGCGUCAACGUUAUUUUGAUACCUUUUUUUUAUUGAGAGAGAGAGGGAGGGAGAGAGAGAGGAAACAAAAAGUGGAAGGGCGUAGAGUUAGGGCUACUCCUCCUGUUAUUAGCUAUAUCCUGCUACAUUUAGCUUUGCUUAUUUUUGGCAUUCGUUCUGUCUAUUUUGGUGUCCAUUUGUUUUGUCGGUUCAAAGGAAAACACGAGAGAAAAAUGAGUUCUUUCUUUACACGGCAACUGGCUACAGUUUGAUACGUUAUAAUCAGCUGUUUGCUGCGUAACAAGCUUUAAACGAAUAACAGGUUAGUCCCUAAUUUUAACUCCUCCGACAACAAUCAACGAGUCCCCCCCUGUCUCUUUGUUGUCUACCAUUUAUUUAUUUUUUCUUCUUCUUCUAAAGAAGAGAAAGAAAUAAUUAUUUCAUUCGGACCAACAGCUGCGACAACUGCGCCAAGUCCUCCUCUUAUUGCACGUGUGUUUUUGUUUUUUCUGUAAUGGGGUGGACUGUAUAUAUUUACUGCUACUAUACAAUCACCUCUUCUACUGUUCACUAUCCCAGAUGGACUGGUUUCCCCCCCUCCCAGCAGGUGCCAUGCCAAGCGACGACAACGAAAGUCGCUCAAGUUCUUUAAUUUUCUUCGUUCUGUUUGUUUUUCUCUUUGAAAUUUUUCAUUUCGGGCUGCUCUGUUUUAUUUUGAUUUCAUCGCGUCUUUCGUUUUAACUCUUUUCGUUCGUUUCGUUCUUCAACAUUUCGUGUGUCUCCGCUGUGUUAGUGAUUGUACCAGAUUCUAGGAGAUCGGGCGGCUCUCGUGACCGACUUCUUGUUAUCUUUCAUUCUGUAAUUUGUACAUUGGAAAAUCAACAGCAAGUAAAAAGAGAAAAGAAACAAAACGCGGACCCAAUCAAGAACAGUUUAUAACACCAAGCAAAAAAAAGAAGAAGAAGAAAAAAAGUCUAUAUUUUAAAUCAUAGUGAUAAUGCGACACCUUGUUGGAUAUUCCCCCUCCCUCCCCUACUGAUUUUUAACUAUACAGUACCACUAUAUGUCCCCCUCCACCCUUUUUUUUUUUUUUAAAUAAUUGUAAUUCCAAUUUUGGAACAAAAGUUGCGUGUCACAUAACGAUUGAAUCGGAGAAAGAAAUUGUAAAUAAACCAAUAAGAAGAU